AUUACGCCUCCUGGGGCAGGCGACCUAUGUUCCCAUCGGGAGAUCUUCACCUUAGUCUGGACCGAUUGAUUGGAGACACGACCUGGCCGGACUCAAUGCAUCCAAAGAUCAAUCAUACAUGGACCCUGGUUAGGCAACAUGUCAUGUCCGCCGCAGCAAUUAUUCGGAUGACUCGGAUCUUCCCGUUGAUGACUUGCAUCUGGGGGUCCCAGCUAAGGGGAACCUCAUCCAGGGAGGGUUUCAGCUCUCCUUGCCUUUGUGUGAUAGGUACGUGUUGGGCUAUACCGAAAAUCGUCUAGGUGGGUGGGAAGUGAGUGCUGCAUGCCACAAGGGCUGAGAUGUGAG